UGCUUAAUUUGCGCAUUAAUCUCCGGCUUGGAAUUUCGGAGCUUCAAAAAUCAAAACCCUCAAUCUCUCACUCACGCGGUGGCAUCCUCAGUGCGUUGAAGAAGGCAGGCUGCUUAUUCCAUUCAGUAGUCAGGAAUCUGAAUUCCAUACAUCCAUCAGUAGUGGAAAUACAUGUCCCAUUCAUUUGCAGAAAGCAACUUGCCAAAUCCCUUAUGGCAGGCCCCCUUUGUCUGUAUGUAGUGGUUGGGAAUCAUCCCAUUAGCACUAAAUUUGAACUUUUCCACAACCAGUGCUCCCAGGCGUUGCUAUCUACUCCGUAUUUACCAGUCACUUGUGAGAAUAUUAGGACAACAACCCAUGAGCUGCUUUAACUGUUGUGAGGAAGAUGAUUUCAAUAAGACUGCUGAUGGGGGAGACUUGCAUACUGUGAAAAGUUCAGCAGGUAAAAAUGGAACUCAACACAGCAAAGAUGCGUCAACCGGUGGUGUUCAAGCUGUGAAAGUUCAGCCUAUUGCAAUCCCUGCAAUACCAAUUGAGGACCUUAGGGAGAUCUCAGAUAAUUUUGGGACUACUUCUUUAAUAGGGGAGGGUUCAUAUGGAAGAGUAUAUUAUGGGGACCUCAAAAAUGGGAGGGCUGCUGCAAUUAAGAAGUUGGAUGCAAGCAUACAACCAGAAGAUGAAUUCUUGGCACAGGUGUCUAUGGUUUCAAGGUUAAAACAUGAAAAUUUUGUUGAACUACUUGGUUAUUGUGUUGAUGGAAAUCAGCGUGUACUUGCUUAUGAAUUUGCAUCAAAUGGAUCACUUCACGAUAUUCUUCAUGGGAGGAAGGGAGUAAAAGGAGCUCAACCUGGCCCUCUGCUUUCCUGGGCCCAGCGAGUUAAAAUUGCUGUAGGAGCAGCUAAGGGCCUUGAAUAUCUGCAUGAAAAAGCUGAACUUGAACUUGUGCAUCGAGAUAUCAAAUCCAGCAAUGUACUAAUUUUUGAUGAUUAUGUAGCUAAAAUUGCUGACUUUGAUUUAUCCAAUCAGUCUCCUGAUAUGGCAGCGCGUCUUCACUCAACUCGUGUCCUUGGGACAUUUGGUUAUCAUGCUCCUGAAUAUGCAAUGACCGGGCAGCUAAAUUCAAAAAGUGAUGUAUAUAGUUUUGGUGUUGUCCUUCUUGAGCUGCUCACAGGACGUAAACCUGUUGAUCAUACCCUACCACGAGGCCAACAAAGUCUUGUUACAUGGGCUACCCCAAAACUCAGUGAAGACAAGGUUCGCCAAUGUGUUGAUGCAAGACUGGGAGGAGAGUAUCCCCCAAAGGCAGUUGCAAAGUUUGCUGCUGUUGCUGCCUUGUGUGUACAAUAUGAAGCUGAUUUUAGGCCAAACAUGGGCAUUGUGGUGAAGGCACUCCAGCCUCUUCUGAAUACACGGCCUGGAAUUGGUGGUGAAGUGGGUGUGGGACACACAUGACAAUUGCAGCAACCAAGGGAACUCAACUCAGCCUGGUGAAUUCUAAAUAUUCUGUACUGAUGCCAGUGAGGUCUAGACGCAUUGGCGGAAUUAGUCUGAAAUCUGAAUCGGUUGAGUUUAAUAUUGUAGAUGCUGAUAAUGUAUAUGUCUGGCUGUGUUUGUUGCGGACUUCUUUAGACCUGAGUUUUGAUCGUCACGUUUUUGUCAUGCACAGAAUUAAAUUAUGGCAAGGCGUCAUGAAGAGGACCGACCUAUUGCCACACAAUUUCUGUACCUUGACAAAUACAAUACAAUACACAUAUAUUUUAGUUAGUAAAAAGGAUUUCAAUUAAAGUUA